ACGGCGAAGCGAGGGCAGACUGUCCAUUCGGCGACACUACGCCGAUUGCCUAGCAGCGGUCACCAUGAACUCAUAUCUGCUGCUGGUCUGUCUCCUGCCCAUCGCCGUGCUCGCGGGCGGAUGGAACCGGAAUUGCAUCAGGAAGCCCGUCGGAUUCGGCUACAGGACGACUGGAGGCCAAGGAGGCAAGACCGUGACUCCCAGGAACAUCAACGAACUCAAGAAUUACCUGCGCAGCAAUCAAAAGCUCAUCAUCAUCCUGGACAGGACCUACGACUUCACGAACUCUGAGGGCUGGGCGACGCAGACUGGGUGCUACUUCCAGAGGUGUGGUCAUGGUUUCCAAGAGUCCUUGGCCCACGCUGGUACUUGCAAUGGCAGGUCGUCAGCUAGGGUGAAAUACGCCAAGGCCGGCACCACCGAACUCCUGAUCGGCUCCAACAAGUCCAUCAUCGGCAAGAACGGCAAGGGCGUCAUCAAGGGCAAGGGCCUGCGCAUCAAGAACGCGCAGAACGUCAUUAUCCGCGACAUCAGCAUCACCGACAUCAACCCGGAGGUCAUCUGGGCCGGGGACGCGCUGGCCUUCGACAACGCGCAGAACGUGUGGGUGAACGGCGUCACCUUCGCGCGAAUCGGGCGUCAGCACCUUGUGUCCUAUCAGAGUCAAAACAAGGGCAUCACAGUGUCGUCGUGCCUCUUCGACGGGACCUCCAAGAACUCGGCCCUGUGCGACGGCGCCCACUACUGGGUGUGGCUCUUCUGGGGCACGCACGACGAGAUCACGCUCAUCAACAACCACGUGCUCAACACCGCGGGGAGGACCCCACACGCGGGCGGUUGGGGCAGGGCGCAGCCCUACAUCCAUUUAAUCGGUAAUUACAUGGACCGCAACCCCCACACUGGCAUCGAGCCGAAGACGGGAUCGUACAUUCUUGCCGAGGGAAAUGUUUUCAAAUCAUACGCAAACGUGAUCGACCCGAGGGCGAAGGGCGGCCACCUUGCCAUGAUCAACACCUCGCAGCAGGCGAACGUCUGCAAGAAGUAUUUCGGGGAGGCCUGCAAGGUCAACUCCCUGCAGGGCUCCAAGUCCAUCACGUGGUUCGAGGAGGGCGUCCUCAAGGCCUUCAGCAAGCUGGACAGGAACGCCAUUAACGGUGCGCGCGCCGCGUCCUGCUUGUGAGCGAGAUUGCGCUGCCAACAAUGAGUGUCCGCUCCGGAACCGGUGCCAGGAAAGUUUUCGGUUAUCAAAUUUCAUUUGUGUUGAACACAGAAUUGCAUUUAGUUUCGUUAUUGGUACUUGUAUUGGCGCAAUAAACUUUGCACUACCAAA